AUGUCCACACCUGCCCAAAGACGUCUUUUACGCGAUCUCAAACGCUUAAAAAAUGAUCCACCUACAGGCAUUUGCGGUGCUCCCAUUGAUGAUAAUGUUAUGGUGUGGAACGCUGUAAUCUUCGGCCCAGAGGAUACUGCAUACGAGGACGGAACUUUCAAGCUUCGACUUGAGUUUACUGAGGAAUACCCAAAUAAACCCCCUCGCGUUGUAUUUACUUCGAAAAUAUUUCACCCUAAUGUUUAUACUGACGGAAGCAUAUGUUUGGAUAUUCUAUCUAGCGCUUGGAGUCCCACCUACGAUGUACUUGCCAUCUUAACUUCAAUACAA